CAGCUUCUGCUUCAACCACUUCCAUAUCGCACCUCCACCCCAUUGACCACUCUGCCCGUCAUGAACUCGCUGCGAAUUGCCCGGGGCGCCCUCAAGGCUGCCAAACCUGCCUUCCGCGCCGCUCCAGCCCUCCGCCGUGGCUACGCCGACGUGGCAUCCGACAAGAUCCAAUUGACCUUGGCCCUCCCUCACCAGGCCAUCUACAAGUCCCAGGAUGUCGUGCAAGUGAACAUUCCAGCCGAGUCUGGAGAGAUGGGUGUCCUCGCCAACCACGUCCCUUCCAUUGAGCAGCUCAAGCCAGGUCUCGUGGAGGUCAUUGAGGAGCAGGGUGGAAGCAAGCAAUUCUUCUUGUCGGGCGGUUUCGCGACCGUGCAGCCAAAUUCCGUCUUGAGCAUCAACGCCGUUGAGGGGUACCCGCUUGAGGAUUUCAGUGCAGAUGCCGUAAGGAACCAGAUCGCCGAGGCACAAAAGAUUGCCAGCGGCGGCGGUAGCGAACAAGAUGUCGCAGAGGCAAAGAUUGAGCUCGAGGUUCUGGAGACUCUUCAAGCCCAGCUGAAGUAGAUUCCCUUGAUUGUACAUACUGUAUACCAUUAAGUCACUGCCUUAGAUCGCCCAAGAACGCAGCACGACAGGAACGACUUGUUUGACGGCCCAGUGACACUCGCUCUUGCUUCUGCCGGCUCCGGCAGCCCCGAUGCCUGCAAGGCGAAUCGUUCUGC